AUGUGGGAGCCUCUUGACGUUCCAGAGAACGGCGAUGUCUAUUUUACAGAUUACACUCGCUGGCGACUGAACGCAACAGACCAGGGACGUCAUAUAUGGGACUACCUUGAGUCGGACGAGGCAUGUCAAGCGCGUCCACAGACUAUAAUGGACAAGUUUUUCCUUGGUCUACCAACUGGACUCCCAGAGUUACCACGACCAAAAAACGCACUUGAGGCUGCUCGCAAUGGUUUUUCGUUCUUGAGGCACAUGCAAGCUCCCGACGGUCAUUGGCCGUGCGAAUAUGACGGCCCUAUGUUCCUUACUCCGGGUCUUGUUAUCGGUUCUUAUGUGACGGGCAUGGAGCUCAGACGGGAAGAACGAUUAGAGCUUAUUCGUUAUUUAUUCCGGAAAGCACACAAAGUAGACGGAGGUUGGGGUCUACAUAUAGAGGGAGAGACGACAGUAUUUGGAACCGCGUGUAAUUAUGCUGCAUUACGGAUAUUGGGUGUUGGUCCGGAUCACCCUAUUAUGAUAAAAGCAAGGACUACAUUGCAUAAACUCGGUGGUGCCGUUCGUUCACCUCAAUGGGGGAAAGUCUGGUUAUCGAUUCUCAACUGCUACGACUGGGAAGGGAAUAAUGCAAUCCCGCCUGAGCUCUGGAUGCUACCCGAAUGGAUACCCGUUCAUCCAUAUCGCUGGUGGAUCCACUGUAGAAAUGUCUUCAUUCCCAUGAGCUUCUUAUAUGCCAAGCGAUUCAAAAUGCCGGAAAACGAGCUAAUUCUGUCUCUACGACGAGAGCUCUACGUCGAAGACUAUUAUUCCAUCGAUUGGCCUGCCCAGAGAAAUAACAUAGCUCCGAUCGAUCUUUAUGCUCCUCACUCUCGUAUUCUUGAUAUGCUCUUUGGUGUAUUAGGCUUGUACGAGCCAUGUGCAAUCCCUCCUGUUCGUAAAGCAGCCAUGGCGCGAUUAUACGACCUAAUAGUUAAAGAGGAUGAAAAUACGGAAUACCAAGAUCUAGGCCCCGUCAAUAAGAUGCUGAACCUCGUUGCACGAGCAAUCGUUGAAGGACCGGAAUCGGAAGCAUACGCACAGCACAAGAUAAAGCGUCGCGACUUCAUGUGGCUCGGACCGAAUGGUAUGAGUAUGGGUGGAACCAACGGUGUACAACUAUGGGACCUUGCGUUUAUCGUUCAGGCGCUUGUGGAGACUGGGCUGGCUCAGGACGAGGAAAAUCGCAAAUGUCUGUUGAAGGCUUUGAAAUGGCUUGACGAAUGUCAGAUUAGGGAAAACCCGAAGCAUUACGAAAGCGCGUAUCGACAUCGGACAAAGGGUGCCUGGCCAUUCAGCACUAAGGAACAAGGGUAUACCGUUAGUGAUUGUACCGGCGAGGGCUUGAAGGCCGUAAUCUACCUCCAAGAGCACCUGCCGUUUAUGCCGAAGCUAGUUUCCAAGGAGCGCCUUUGUGAUGCAGUGGACACAAUGAUAUCAUUGCAGAACCCGAGUGGUGGGUUCGCAAGUUACGAAUUGGUGCGGGGUCCGAAGUGGGUGGAGUGGAUCAACCCCGCUGAGGUGUUCGGUAACAUCAUGAUUGAAUACGAAUAUCCGGAAUGUACGACGUCAGUGAUUACGGCGCUUGCCAUUUUUCGUAAACACUAUCCAGAUUAUCGAGCGUCGGAUAUAGAAAACACAAUUCGAAAAGCCGUAAAGUAUCUACACGCUGCACAAAGACCCGAGGGAGGCUGGUAUGGUUCUUGGGGAAUUUGCUUUACAUAUGCGACGCAAUUUGCCCUCGAGAGUCUUUCGCUUGUCGGAGAGACGUACGAGACGAGCGAGAGCGUACGCAGGGCUUGUCAUUUCCUCUUAAGUCACCAAAAAGAGGAUGGUGGGUGGGGCGAGAGCUACGAGUCGUGUGUAUAUGAGAAAUGGGUUGACCACGAGAAGACGCAGGUCGUCAUGACUUCAUGGGCGGCAAUGGCGCUCAUGUACGCUCAGUAUCCGGAGCCUGAGCCAAUUGAACGUGCUGUGAAGAUGGUCAUGUCUCGUCAACUGCCAGAUGGCUCCUGGGCGCAGGAAGCUAUCGAAGGGAUGUUUAGCAAGACGUGUGCGAUUGUGUACCCGAACUUUAAGUUCUCGUUCACGAUUUGGAUGCUUGGGCGUGCGCAUCAUUAUCUUGAACGGUUGUAUGCCAAGCGGCAAGGGAAGAAGGCUACUAAUGGUCAUGUAGCUAAUGGGAACGGGCAUUGAUUGCCUAGCCUUUCUUGCAAUGAUUUUACUACGGAGGACUGGAUGUCACAAAUUUAAUAUAAUUUUCUUGAAUAGUCCCGUCGUCGAUCAUGAAUGUAGACGUAGAUCCGUAAGCAACGUCAUGCAUUC